GAUAAUGAAUGAAUAUAAUAAUAGCAAUUAGCAUAAGGAGACAUGAGCCGUCGGACAGUGGCCAAUUUCUCCACACCGCGUCCUGUGAUCUCUCGAAAUCCUAUGAAUUUAUUGUUUCUUUAAACAAACGCAAUAACUUCGUUGGUUCCUCAUUCCCUCUUCCGUUCCCCCUUUAAAAUGGAGCUUUUUCCCGAGAAUCAAUCAAAAAAUCGUCGAGAAAAAUCUCACCUUUUUCUCUGAUUUUCCUCCCUCAUUCUCACCUUAACCCAAUUGGGUUUCCUCUGUUCUGCACUCUGCUUCCGUUAUUGAUUGCUUCCACUUUUUUGUCGAUUCUUGAGGCCCAUGCGGAAACGCUUUUGAGUCAGGAAUUAGAUUUUGAAGGGUUUUUUAAUUUGGGGUUAUGGCUAUUCCUUAUUACCGUCGAUUUAUUGGGUCGGAGAAAUCCGCCAUGGAAACCGGCAUUGUGGUGCCUUCUUCUACUCCAUCUGGCCUUUUGGCACCGCCAUUGUCAUCUGGGAUUUUAACUCAAGACGAAUUGAAGAAGAUUGCUGCGUAUAAGGCUGUCGAAUAUGUCGAAUCCGGCAUGGUUCUGGGCCUUGGCACCGGCUCCACUGCCAAACACGCCGUUGAUCGAAUCGGCGAGUUGUUGCGCCAAGGGAAGCUUAAGAACAUUAUAGGAAUUCCCACUUCCAAAAAAACUCACGAGCAAGCUGUUUCAUUGGGCAUCCCUCUCUCAGACCUAGAUUCGCACCCUGUUCUUGAUCUCGCAAUCGACGGCGCUGAUGAGGUCGAUCCUCAUCUCAAUCUGGUGAAGGGUCGUGGGGGGUCUCUUCUUAGAGAGAAAAUGGUGGAGUGUGCUUGCAAGAAGUUCGUUGUGAUUGUUGAUGAAUCGAAAUUGGUUAAGUAUUUGGGAGGCAGUGGGUUAGCCAUGCCGGUGGAGAUUGUGCCCUUUUGUUGGAACUUCACGGCUGCGCGGCUGCAGAAGCUGUUUGAAGGCUAUGGUUGUGUUGCAAAGCUCAGAACCUCAGGUGAAAAUGGAGAACCAUUUGUUACUGACAAUGGCAAUUACAUUGUGGACUUGUAUUUCAAGGAAGAUAUUGGGGAUUUGAAUGUUGCCAGUGAUGAAAUUUUGCGGCUUGCUGGUGUUGUUGAGCAUGGAAUGUUUCUUGGGAUGGCCACAACUUUGAUUGUUGCAGGAGAACUUGGAAUUACCAUCAAGAAUAAGUAGCAACUACCAUGAACGAAGCUGGAGAUAUUUUAAUGGCUCCUCAAAUGGGUAUACCCUAUUAUAACUUUUUGUAUCUUUUUGGUUUCUGAAAUUGGUCUUAUCAUUAGGCGACCUUGAUCAGUUAUUGUUGUAAUAGAGAAGAGUUAUUGGUUCCUUAGAACCAAUUAGAUACAAUUUUAGGAAUUGACCUCUCAGUGAACAACUUACUAAGAUGAGUUAUAAUUCUAAAUUAGCCUUUUUGAA